AUGUUUGGAGGACUGCUGAUUGCAACUCUUUUCGUCUUCCUCUACAACCUUUUUCUAUUCACGGUCCUCGACUCGGCGGCUAUGGCGAGUACGGAGGUCGUCGCAGUCACCUUCGUCGCCGCAACGUGGGGUAGCAAGGCGGCAACCCUGAUGCCUCUCCUCAUAGCCGUUGGGCUCUUCGGCACGUCAUGCGCCGUCUUCUUCGCCAAUAGUAGAGUUAUCCUUGCGGCAGCUAGACAGCGCCAUUUCCCGGCCAUCUUCUCUACGGUCAACGUAGACAGCGGGGUGCCCCUAACGUCGCUGUUACUUCGUGGGCUCCUGUCAAUGUUGUACACAUUUCUGGGAUCCGUCACGUUUAUUGUGGAGGCUCUUCCUCUCAUUUACGCGUUGAACAACGGCCUGAUCUUAGUGUCGUUCUUUGUGCUACGGGUCUCCAUGAAGGACGCCCCAAGGCCUUACCGGGCACCUACCGUGCUGGCAGCCAUCCGCGUUUUAGCUUUCUUGAUCCCACUUGGCGCGCGCCUUGUGCAGCCUGUGGACUUCCUUCCGUUUGCUUUCCUGGCCGGUGGCUCGAUUGCUGGCUGUGCUUAUUACGUGGUGUUUGUUCGGCUUAGGUUAGCGCUUCCCGGAGCUCCCACAUUUACCUGCUUCCUUCAAAAGCUGCUGAAGAGUUGCGCUUGUGUUGAUGAACUCGAGGUUAUGCUGCGUGAAAAGAUGUAG